AUGUUUGAGUGGAAGAAAGGAGAGUGGGCUAAAGUAAACUCGCAGAGAGGCUCUCAUUGUCAAAGGAGGGGCUUGCCUGCACUACUUUACUGUAUCACGUCAACGGGAGACCCGGUCUGGGCUGGAAAAGGCAUGAGGGGAAACGUUUUCACAAGGCCUGUCGCCUUGACAUCUGUGGUCAUGAAGUCCUUUGAACGGCUCGUGCCGGACCACCUCAAGAGCGUCACAGGUCCCGAUGACGAGUCUGCAUAUCGCCAGGAAGCUGAGUGGCUGGAGCUGCGGUGCGGCCGACACAACCUGGAGCUGAACACGCUCAAGACUGUAGAGAUGAUCGUGGACUUCAGGAGGCAUCCUUCGCCACGGCUGCCCCUCACGCUGUCCAGCUGCCUUGUGUCAACCGCCGAGACCUUCAAGUUCCUGGGAAUUACAAUCUCCCAGGACCUGAAGUGGGCGACCAACAUCAACUCCGUCCUCAAAAAGGCCCAGCAGAGGAUGUACCUCCUGCGGCUUCUGAGGAAGCACGGCCUGCCACGGGAGCUGCUGAGGCAGUUCUACACAGCGGUCAUCGAAUCAGACCUGUGUACUUCCAUCACAGUCUGGUUUGGUGCUGCUACAAAAAAGGACAAAUUCCGACUGCAACGGACAAUCAAAACUGCUGAAAAGAUUGUCGGUACCCUCCUACCCACCCUUGAGGAAUUGCACGCUGCCAGAACUAAGACUAGAGCGUGCAAAAUCCUCUCAGACCCUCCACAUCCCGGUCACCGGCUCUUCCGGCUCCUUUCCUCAGGUAGACACUACCGAUCAAUGCAAACUAGAACUAGCAGACAUUCCAACAGCUUCUUCCCAUCCUGCAAUCAACUUCUUAAACAGCUAACCUACAAUUCCAUUGCAACAUGCUGCCAAUUUCUUUGUCUUGAGUUUGUUGUCACAUUUCUGUCGGGCAGUAGUCUCACCACGCUGCACUAUUUGCAUAUCCGUUGUUGACCAAUACUGGCCACUCAUGCCAGAGUAGCAUCUGCCACACUUGCACACUGACUGAGGAGUAUCUGCAACAUUUGCACAAUCAACAUUGUCCCAGAUUAUCGCGCUACCAGUCACUUUAAACUGCAUCCACUCCUUGAAGUCUCGGCGUACUCCUUGCACCUGGACUAUUGCAAUUGCAAUUGUCAAAAAAUAAAUAAAUUGUACCUGCAUUACCACAUAACUAGCAACACUUUAUUGUUCAGUGACUGUUUUUGUCAAUGUCUUUGUGUCUCAAAAGUGUUCUCUGUCAAUUGACUGUCUGUUGUCGUACUAGAGCGGCUCCAACGACCGGAGACAAAUUCCUUGUGUGUUU